AAUGAAACAAUGUAUUGUGGGAGUGUAGUUUGAAGCAUCUGUAAACUGAGUUGGUGACAUCGCGAACGAGACUUCAAUGACCAGAAACGUCCUCUUCUUUGCUGAAGCUGUACGGCUUGUUCGUGAGAGUCGCGCUGAACUAGCAGUUGUGAAAAUUCCCUGAUCUUUUAAUGAUCUGGAUAUAUUUUGGUUAGUUGUUUGUAAAUCAAAAUUAUUUGAAGAUCGAAUAAUCUGCUCAGCGCCCUGUUUUUGUCCUCUCGUCAACCAGCACUGUCUUGUAAUGUUUACUUCUUUCGUGCUUCGGCGUGUCCUCUUGUGCGCUUGUGUAGCGGACUGAUGUAGUGUCUAAUGUUAGCUAAAAUAUUUUACACAAACAAUACAUAGGUUGGCUAGCUUUAUUCAUACGAUUUAUACACACGAAGCAUGUCCAUCGUGCACAAUCGAUGUAAAUAAUCGAUGUGAAUACUCCCAGGUAGUUACUGUUAUAGUCGAGAACGAAGUGCGAGCAAGAUCCUCGUUCAUGAUGGCGAUGUUUCGCAGUUUUGUGUCGGCUACUCAUCAGCUCAGGCAGCACCAACAAAACGGGGCAGCUACGGCUGCCACUGGCGAGAGCCUCGAGAGCCAGUUCUCCUGCCCAAUUUGCCUGGAGGUGUAUCAUAAACCUGUCACCAUUGGAAGCUGUGCCCACACGUUCUGUGGGGAGUGUCUGCAGCCCUGUCUCCAGGUCACCUCUCCCCUCUGCCCUCUGUGCCGCAUGCCUUUUGACCCAAAGAAGGUGGACAAGUCCUCCAGUGUGGAGAAACAGCUGUCCAACUACAAGGCCCCCUGUCGGGGCUGCAGUAAGAAGGUGUCUCUGGUCAAAAUGAGGUCACACAUCUCCUCUUGCGCGAAGGUCCAGGAGCAGAUGGCCAACUGCCCAAAGUUUGUGCCUGUGGUCCCCACUUCACAGCCCAUUCCCAGCAAUGUUCCAAACCGCUCCACCUUUUCAUGCCCGUUCUGUGGAGCCCGCAAUCUGGAUCAACAGGAGCUGGUCAAACACUGUAUGGAGAACCACCGCAAUGAUCCCAACAAAGUGGUGUGUCCUGUAUGUUCAGCCAUGCCUUGGGGGGACCCCAGCUACAAGAGCUCCAACUUCCUCCAGCACCUCCUCCACCGGCACAAGUUCUCCUACGACACGUUUGUGGACUACAGCAUUGACGAGGAGUCAUCACUGCAGGCAGCCAUGGCCCUGUCCUGUCAAAUCAAAUGUUAAAGUGAGUGACCGUCUGACUCUGUCUUUGCAGGACUACAGUAUCGAUGAAGAGGCGGCACUACAGGCAGCCCUGGCUCUCUCCAUGGCAGAGAACUGAGAGUCCUCUGAGUCCCCCAUUCUGCUGUCUGGGGACGCACUUUCUUCCUGACACCCCACUAGCUCUCUUUCUUUCUCUGGAUCCACCCCAUAUCCAGCCCCCUCCACUGUCUCCUCACAGGGAGAGUUUGGAAGGACUUGGCCUCGACUCCCACUCUGGGAGAGCUACAGAGGGCUUAUCUCCUAACCCUGUCCCUCUUCCUGGCCCUUCAUCCACUCUGCUCGCCUGCUUAACCCGUCAAUGCCCAUUACCAUUACAUCAUAUCCUCUCAGCCAGCAGCAGCCUCUUUACUUCCUGUAUACUGGGGAGGAAGGGAGCUUAGCCUCCCAAUAAAUGUUGCAAUUCAAAACCAUUGCAAUGCAAAACAAUGAGUGCAGCAUGGACAUUGUUGUUAUUCUGCAGAAAGUAUGAAGGUUCCCAAAAAUAAUGAUUUAAGGUAUUUUCUUUUACUCUUUAUUUUUCAGUUCAAAUUAAAUGUUUUCAAACUCCAGGAAAAAGCCAUCUCAUGACACACGUUCUGGUCAAAGUACCACAGAUUAGUUCUGUUGAAGUUUAUUUUCAAGUGCAUCAUUUGAUGGCUUUUUAAUUAAGAGGGACUACAGUUGAAUGGCUUGACCUCAUUCUCAGGUUGAUAAUCGUACCACUAGGUGACAGUCUAGACAUGACCAGUUAAACACAGAGAGUGACCUCAUUCUCAGGUUGAUAAUCUUACCACUAGGUGACAGUCUAGACAUGACCAGUUAAACACAGAGAGUGACCUCAUUCUCAGGUUGAUAAUCUUACCACUAGGUGACAGUCUAGACAUGACCAGUUAAACACAGAGAGUGACCUCAUUCUCAGGUUGAUAAUCUUACCACUAGGUGACAGUCUAGACAUGACCAGUUAAACACAGAGAGUGACCUCAUUCUCAGGUUGAUAAUCUUAUCACUAGGUGACAGUCUAGACAUGACCAGUUAAACACAGAGAGUGAGGUCAUUCUCAGGUUGAUAAUCUUACCACUAGGUGACAGUCUAGACAUGACCAGUUAAACACAGAGAGUGACCUCAUUCUCAGGUUGAUAAUCUUACCACUAGGUGACAGUCUAGACAUGACCAGUUAAACACAGAGAGUGACCUCAUUCUCAGGUUGAUAAUCUUACCACUAGGUGACAGUCUAGACAUGACCAGUUAAACACAGAGAGUGACCUCAUUCUCAGGUUGAUAAUCUUACCACUAGGUGACAGUCUAGACAUGACCAGUUAAACACAGAGAGUGACCUCAUUCUCAGGUUGAUAAUCUUAUCACUAGGUGACAGUCUAGACAUGACCAGUUAAACACAGAGAGUGAGGUCAUUCUCAGGUUGAUAAUCUUACCACUAGGUGACAGUCUAGACAUGACCAGUUAAACACAGAGAGUGACCUCAUUCUCAGGUUGAUAAUCUUACCACUAGGUGACAGUCUAGACAUGACCAGUUAAACACAGAGAGUGACCUCAUUCUCAGGUUGAUAAUCUUACCACUAGGUGACAGUCUAGACAUGACCAGUUAAACACAGAGAGUGACCUCAUUCUCAGGUUGAUAAUCUUACCACUAGGUGACAGUCUAGACAUGACCAGUUAAACACAGAGAGUGACCUCAUUCUCAGGUUGAUAAUCUUAUCACUAGGUGACAGUCUAGACAUGACCAGUUAAACACAGAGAGUGAGGUCAUUCUCAGGUUGAUAAUCUUACCACUAGGUGACAGUCUAGACAUGACCAGUUAAACACAGAGAGUGACCUCAUUCUCAGGUUGAUAAUCUUAUCACUAGGUGACAGUCUAGACAUGACCAGUUAAACACAGAGAGUGACCUCAUUCUCAGGUUGAUAAUCUUACCACUAGGUGACAGUCUAGACAUGACCAGUUAAACACAGAGAGUGACCUCAUUCUCAGGUUGAUAAUCUUACCACUAGGUGACAGUCUAGACAUGACCAGUUAAACACAGAGAGUGACCUCAUUCUCAGGUUGAUAAUCUUACCACUAGGUGACAGUCUAGACAUGACCAGUUAAACACAGAGAGUGACCUCAUUCUCAGGUUGAUAAUCUUACCACUAGGUGACAGUCUAGACAUGACCAGUUAAACACAGAGAGUGAGGUCAUUCUCAGUGUGAUAAUCUUACCACUAGGUGACAGUCUAGACAUGACCAGUUAAACACAGAGAGUGAGGUCAUUCUCAGUGUGAUAAUCUUACCACUAGGUGACAGUCUAGACAUGACCAGUUAAACACAGAGAGUGAGGUCAUUCUCAGUGUGAUAAUCUUACCACUUGGUGACAGUCUAGACAUGACCAGUUAAACACAGAGAGUGAGGUCAUUCUUACAUCCCCAUCACGACAACAACACACUAACAUUUGCAACGCGAACCAAAACAAACUAUCAAACUAUCCCCUUUUGUAUUCAGAGUUCUUGUGAAUACUUGCACUUGUCACAUUUUUCUACAUAAUUGAACUAUAGAUUGUUCUCAUUUCACAGAUCAGAAACAUAAUUAUAGUACUGCAUUUAUUCUUCACUCUGCUGUUACUCUGCUGAUUAUUUUUAUGAAGCACCAGACAAGAUAAAAUAUAUUUUUGGAAAAUGUUUCCGUUUUAAAUGGUGUACUAAACAUGUUUAUUGGCGAUGUGUUUGUUGUUUUACCACCUUGUUAAAAGUACCCAUUGGUACUGUACUGCUGGCAUCAAACAGUUGCUUGCAGGAUUUUCGGGCCUAUGUGUAAUACACUGUCUCGAACACAAGAGGGCACCCCAGUCUCAAAAUAGACCGGGCACAAGUCAAUAGUAAUUUAAGUCUGUUACUCCGUCAGUUUAUACCCAUGCACAGUAUUCUGUUUGGUUUAGUGCCCACUAGGAGAAGUACAAGAAGUGAAAUAUUAUGACGUGAGUAUUGUUGGAUAAGUUUAUCCUUGUGGUGGAAUUGGUUGCUGCAACAUAAGUGUCCAGUUUUAUGUUAAUUAUUGUCUUGAACACCAAUGUUGGUCUGAUUAGUAAAAUGCAAAUGUAAAAGUGUACAUUGCUACUCUACAGAAUCAGUGCAAUAUUCCUAGGCCAUUUACCUUCCAGGAUCCACACUGCUCCUGUCUCAGUGGGGUCUCCCCAAAACCUGUUGGUCCGAGCUGUGAAAAUCAGUUUGAAUAUACCAUGCACAUUCCAGUCCUGUUACAAUCAUUAUGUUCCAAUGGUUUGUUAAAGACAUCCCCUUUCUGAUAGCACAGUAAUUAUUAAAGUUGGAUUUAAACAAAACUGUGCAGAACAGCUGCAUAUUCAAUCAUAUGAUAACAAUGUCUUUAAAGACACUUUGCUUCAAAGGGAUACAAUUAUAAAAGUAUGUUGCCCCAAAGUAGAUGUUUAAAUUAUAAGCCAUGUUUGAGUAGUAGUGUACCCGUUGAGCUAGCAUUGAUCUGUGGAGAUUUAAGAUGAUGUUUUGGUUCACUCUGAUGGAUGCCUUAUAGGAAACUGGUUAGAUUGUAUAGCGCGCAAUGGAGGAAGAUAUUAUGUAUUGUGAUUAUUUGUUACUAGACUGACUAGUAGAAGUAUAAUGGUCUGUCCAUUUGUGUUUUUCCUUGUUUCUGAGGAGAACUGUACAUACGGUAGAGAAUGCAACAUUUAGGUUUAGGUCCCUGUGGUAACUAUGAAUGAGAAUGUAUUCGUUUUUUCAUAAGUUAUAUAUUUUCCACGGGAAUGCAUUGAAAUAUUGCACUUUCAUUUAAAAAUAGGCCAGAAUUAUUUUUAUUUUUUUUCCCCCAAUAUUUACAUUUCAUGAUGGAUGAUAAUGUAAGUUGUGGCUGUUUUUGUGUAAGAGCAGAGGGAAUGUUAAGUAUUAUCUCAGUCAUAACAUGGUGAUGUUUUGAUGUACUGGGAUGGUACAGACAAUUUGUCUGCCGUUAAUAUUCUAUAGAUGGGUAUAUAUUGCAAAACCCAACUGAGAAAACCAUCCCAGAUGUACAAAAGUGUGGCAAACAAAAUUUGACUCAGCUUAGUCAAAGCGUUCCUGGAGAUAAUGCAUCCUCAUUUGAUAGACAUCGACAUGUUAUAUUUUCGGUGUUUAAAUGUAUUGUACUGGUUGGUGGCACAGUAUUGACAGCUGUAGCCAUUAGAGAGAAACUGUCAUCACCAUGAGAAGUCCUGAGUUUCUUCUGGGGCAGCAAGGAAUUGUUACGCAUCUUUAAUUUAAUAAUUUACUCAACCUUUUUUACUACCUAAUGAUGCUCUUUUAUAAAUGUUUGUAAGGUAAAUGGUAUUGUUUGUUUAGAUCAGCGUUCAUGUGCACAGCUGUAGCCUAAUGUAGAUUUUCUAUGGAGUAUACCUGAAAUGUAUACUUUUCACUCUUUGUGUACUGUUGCAUCCAUGCAUAAUGCCACUGUACUGUGCAUCAUCAUCCCAAGAUGUCCUACUUGUGGUCAGAACUUUCCCAACCUCUGUAAAAUAAACUCAAUGUUGCAGGUCACACACUGAUAGACCACCUGCAACAAAGACAUACACCAAAAACAGGGACAGGAAAAAAAAGGAAACAAUUUUGUAUGAGCUUUGUUAGGUCAUUUUUGUCAAGAGGUCCUUACUGACACUGUCUGUUCUGAACUUGGUAAGGCUGACAGGAAAUAUACCUCCAUAAAGACUGGUAUCACAGCAAUCAGAGAAGACAGAGCCUGUGUCUCUGACUGUGUCCCCCAGGACUUGGCUGCUCUGGGAGUGUCAUGUAAUGUCACUCAGUCUAGACCCAGGCUGAUGUUGUCCUCCCCAGGGGGUCUGAGCUGAUUUGAACCAGGAAGUUUCCUUCAGGGUCACUGUACCCUAGAUACCCACCAUGGGGCUUUGGCCCUACUGUCAGGGCCUGUGUGUGUUAAAUGUGAUUUUAUGCAUUCUUGAAAAAUAGUAAUAAUACCAGUAAUAACAAUGGUUGAUUGUUAGCAUCAUCAUGUGGAUAUUUAAGUUAUAACACUGUUUGAACUUUAAGAUAUUGUAUUUGUAGCAGAUUUUUUCCCGCCUCAAUAAAAACACUGACCCAUCCCA